GCCAGAAAGUUCUGGCCCACCAAACAUAACCAUUGUGUACCCUGUUUCCCUGUACUGUUUCGGUUAGGGGAAUUGCUGCAGCUGCAGCCUGCGGGAAGAAGGAAGUUGAACGGAACCAAACAGAGAGCGUGUGCAUGAGUGGUGUGUAUAAAGGAUCAUAUCUCAGAGCCCCACCAGACGCCAUAAACAGAGGAGGCAAGCAAUAUCAGGAGAGGAGAGGAAAUGGAAGGUUGAAUACAGCGAAGCAGAUGUUCUAUGGAGCAGACCCACCUCCCAAAAGAAUAUAUUAUUAUUAUUAUUAACAUGAAUAAUUUAGUAUCGGAGAGAAAGUGGUGAUACAGCAAAAAAGAUGGUGGGUGGUAACAAUCCGGGGCAGUACAAUGACACAACUUUAACCAAAAUCUUUGUUGGAGGGUUGGCUUGGGAGACUCAAAGGGAUACAAUGAGAAGAUAUUUUGAGCAGUUUGGAGACAUCCUGGAGGCUGUUGUUAUCACAGAUAAAAACACUGGGAGAUCCAAGGGUUACGGUUUUGUUACAUUUAAGGAUCCAGAGGCAGCCAUGAGAGCAUGCCAAAACCCAUCUCCCGUGAUUGAUGGAAGGAGAGCAAACUGCAAUCUUGCAUCUCUUGGUGCUCAGAAGACUCGUCCACCAACUCCUCAACAUGGUUCAGGCCGGUUUAGACCAGCAACUGGCUUGGUUGCUCCACCUGCUUACCAUGGCGCAUAUUACCAUCAACCAACUGGUCAAUACACAUUUCCUUAUUCAGCUUAUGGGUACACUGGCUAUUCCCAUGAUGCAAUGUAUCCCACGAACUAUUACAGUGUUUAUGGGGGUCAGCAAUCCUCUCCUUACUACACCACCACCGGGGCAGCAGGGCCGCCGGGGAUGUUCCACAAUUUGUACCCAUACUAUGCACAAUAUGCUCAAACUAGCCAGCAGGCUCAUGGUUUUGGAGUUCAAUAUCCCGGCCAAGUGGUGCAGUACCCAUAUUUGCCUCAGCCCUAUGGCUCCACUGGAAUACUUUCUCUUCCUUCUUCAAUGCCAAUGCAAACUUCAAGCGCAGGUGCAACAGCAACAGCUUCACAAGCCUCAGGAGCAGCUUCUGAACAGAAUUCAUCAACUUAAUGUCUUCUUACAAGACUAACAAUAUGGACAAAAGGGUUAAAAGCAUCGUCACAAGCAGAAAAAAGAGAGAAAAAGUGAAUAAGAAAAGAAGAAUAUCAAGUUACUUAUUCAAAAGAGGAUGCCUGAAGGAAAAGGAAUCCAAGAAUCCUCCAGCAUGAGAUGAUUCAUUCAUGGAACAGGCAUAGAGGGACAUGUUGAAAAGCUUGUUCCACUAACAACAGUCUUUGUUUCUUUGUCAAAUUCAUGCCCAGUUUGGGUUUAGGACAAUAGAUUAAUUAGGAGAAGAAUUCCAUAUUCAUUUCAUGCAUUGGCAUAAGGUAGAAACUGAAAAAUGGCUUUGGAUUCUACCUUAUCAGACUAAUUGCUAGAUGGCAAUGUCUCGGACGCAGAGAGCAUCCGAUGACAUAAAACUUUUCUUUUCUUUUUUGUUUAUAUUGGCAGCUCAAUGGGUUCAAAAGAUUUAUUUCAUAUCUUUGAACCCCGAUUGGUUGGUCAAGAUGAAAAGGCGAGCCGGGAUAGCUCAGCCAUUUAACUUGUAAUUUUUUUUCUUUUUUUAAUUUCAUGAUUGCUACUUUUUAAGAUAGGAUUAGUUGGGACAAGAAGAUUUAUCUUGUUUCUUUUUCUUACAAACAAUUCAUCUUUCGCUUUCAGUCGCCA